AGAAAAGGAAAAACAAAAACAAAUGGCGAACGAUAAGAGUACACACCAGAAUAGGCAUCUCUUUGUUAAUGGCCAAUCUGUUGUUUCACCGAUCUCCAUUCUUCAGUGCUCUCUAUUUUUGUUCAUUCUUUACUAAGAGAAGUUAGAAGUUGUAAAGCUUGGUUAGAGAGAGUGAAAACGCACACGUGAUGUCUUUUGACGGAGCUGAAAGGCCAUGGAAAUGUGGGAAAGGGGGUACUGUGAAUUUACAGAAAGUGACUUCCAUUGUUCGGGACAUUGGGGAACCUUGUCUUCAUCAGUCAUCAAUAAAGAUGAGCAAAAUGCUUAAGCCUGACAGGUGGCAGACAAUCUUUGAAAAGGAUGGGAAGGUACAUGGUUUUAGGAAAGUGCUGAAAUUGAUCAUAUUAGGGGGUGUGGAUCCAGCUAUAAGACCAGAAGUUUGGGAAUUUCUCUUGGGCUGUUAUGCUUUGGGAAGCUCCGCUGAGUACCGAAAGCAGUUGAGGACUGCUAGAAGGGAACGCUACAGAGACCUCAUAAAGCAGUGCCAAUCAAUGCAUUCCAGUGUAGGAACUGGUUCCCUUGCUUAUGUUGUUGGGUCCAAGGUCAUGGACAUGAGAACAAGUUCCAAAGAUGACUGCCGAAGAGAAGCUGAUGUCAAGAGCAGUCAAGCUUCUGAUGUAAAUACUGACAAUUUAUACGGUAACAGUGAUGUUGAUAAUAAUUGUAUAGACACACAACAUACACAUCAAAGGGAAAGCUCUACUGAUUCCGGUGACCUUAUAAGUGCAAGGGGAAGCACAGAUGAGGCAGCAUUGGACUCUUUCUUUUCUGUGCCUACUUUGGGUCCAUACGGCUGCCGAUCCACCGAACAUGCGGGUGAAGCAUGUCAAUCAGCAUCUGUAAAUGAGAACUAUUUUGAUUUUCCUGCUUUACCUGUUACUGACUUAUUUGGAAAGAGUAUCAAAAAUAAGAAAGGUCAUAGGUCAUAUGGUAAGAGAAAUUUAGCAAGGCGUAAAUUGAAAUAUGGAGAAGACAAGAUGCACAGUUUCAGAAUAAAUAAUAAUGCAGAUCUAGUCGUAGAAGCAAAUGUUUCCUCAUCAAAUGACGUGUCUCAUUCCCUGAACUCUGAAAUUGAGAGGGUUCAUCCUACUGGGCCGGAUUCAGUGUCAUGGUCUGGAAAAUUCCAGGAACGUGAAACAGAGAUUUUUACCAAACUCAGAAUAUCUGACGCACCCGACACUCCAAGUAUGAAUGCGAGAACACCUCCAAGAGGUGGUUUCAGUGAUGAAAGAGUGUCGGAAUGGCUCUGGACAUUACAUCAGAUAGUUGUUGAUGUAGUCAGAACAGAUAGCCAUCUUGAAUUCUAUGAGGAUAGAAAAAAUUUGGCUAGAAUGUCAGAUAUCCUGGCUGUUUAUGCAUGGGUUGAUCCGGCAACGGGAUAUUGCCAAGGAAUGAGUGAUCUCUUGUCUCCUUUUGUUGUUCUGUUUGAGGAUAAUGCUGAUGCAUUCUGGUGCUUUGAGAUGCUUCUACGGAGAAUGCGUGAGAACUUUCAGAUGGAAGGGCCAACUGGAGUCAUGAAGCAAUUGCAAGCUCUAUGGCAUAUUGUGGAACUUACAGAUCGAGAAAUGUUUUCUCAUUUGUCAAGCAUAGGUGCUGAAAGCCUUCACUUCGCCUUCCGGAUGCUUUUGGUGCUCUUCCGCCGAGAAUUAUCUUUUAAUGAGGUUCUUUGUAUGUGGGAGAUGAUGUGGGCUGCAGAUUUUGAUGAAUCGGUUGCUUAUCAUCUAGAGGAGAACUGCCCUGAAAUAUUGGUCAUUCAGAUUCCAAAGGAAUCUGAGGCAGAAUCAGGAGAAGAAAUUAUUGAGAAUAACAAUAGUGAUUCAAAGGAUGACUCGCCCUCUAAACAUGGAAGUGGAGAGCAUACUGUCUCUGCAAACAACGGGAUGAAGCUUUCCUUAGCUCAUCCAUUUUGUGGCCUUACAAGGAAUUUUUGGUCCAAAAGUAGUGGCAUGCACAGUGUUAAUAUGGUCUCAUCAACAAGGAGUACUGUCGAUGAAUUACCAGUUUUUUGUGUAGCAGCUAUUCUUGUCAUGAACCACCAGAAGAUCAUUAAACAAACUCACUCAAUUGAUGAUCUUAUAAAGAUAUUCAACGACAAUAUGUUAAAGAUUCGGGUCAAGAGGUGUGUACGGACUGCCAUCAAACUGCGGAGGAAGUACUUCUACAAGCUGAUUAAAGGUAGAAAUCCAGCAGCCCAAAAUGGUGACUGAGUGUUUGGACUCUUCCAUUUGCUUAUAUGGCAAGUCAGAUCUCUCAUGUGGAGUUAUUAACUGUAAUAUGAUCUUAACGUUGGAGUGCGGAACAAUUAUCAGAUAUAGUUUUCUUUGGAGUUUAUACAGCAAUGUGGUUGGCAUUUGAGUAUACGCCCAUGCACUACCUUCACGCAAGGACUGUUAAAUUGCAUGUUUCAUUUACUUUGGUUGGUGAAUACAAUCAAGUGGUUAGGGAACACAAACUUUGCUGUCAUAAAGUUAGUGGUAAGGAUUAUGUAUCAGCAAUUUUGAUAAACUUGUCAGCAUUGAGAUGUCUCAGGGGAGAGUUUAAAGAGUUGAUGAGAAUUAGGAGUGCCAUUCAGAUAAUAUUUCUGGAGAAAGAAAAAAAUGAAGAUUUUUUCAUAUCUUUGUU